AUGUGGAACCUCCUAUUCACUCCUAUUCUACUAUUAAGCUCCAUCAACCUCGCCUCCUCAACCAAGGUGACCCUCCCGAAUUGGAAUUUCAAGUACGAUUCUCAGGGGAACGUGUUGGAUGCUCAUGGAAAAUACUAUUUCUACGGCACAGCAUACAACUGCGGUUUCCGAUGGAGGACCGAUAGAGGCAUCCAGCAAACUACACCUCCCCCUUUUGCGGCUUCAAAGCCUACUCCUCGACCGACCUCAAUACCUGGUCCGACGAGGGCUACCUCUUCGAUGCCUCGACGCACGAGUGGCAGAGCCGCUGCGCCGUCGACGGCGCCUGUUCCGGCCCAAAGUCCUGCAGAACCCGCGCACGAAAGAGUACGUCCUGUGGAUCAACACCGGUGCGUCCAGGUACGGCUAUGCGGUGUUCACGUCGGACAAGCCUGCUGGCCCCUUUGUCGAAAGAAUAGUCCCGUCAUGGCGAGGGAGAGGGGAGGGGGCGAUUUUGGGAAUGGCGAUUUUGGGAUUGUCAUUGGGCCGGAUGGGAAGGGAUAUAUCGCCUACGACAACGCCCCUGCUAUCCCCAAGCACAGCAUCUUCCAGAACCCCAACCUGACGUACGGCAUCGUGCAGGAGCUGAGUGAAGACUACACCGACGUGACGGACAACUACGUGAUUACGGACUUGGCGAACAUCGAGGCGUGGGACAUGAUCUAUCGGGAUGGAUGGUGGUAUCUUAUCCGAAUUGAUAAUUAUAUCUGCCAGUUCGGCCACAUCUGCGGCUACUGCACCGGAACAGACACCUCGUACAUCAAGAGCAGAGACCCCAUGGGCCUAUGGCUGGCCAAGGACCGGGUGUACUUCACCAACACCUCCUGUGGCGGACAGCACAACAUGGUCGCCCAGCUGCCCUCCGGCAACAGCAACAGCAGCGAUCCCUACGUCUGGCUGUACGGCUCUGACAUCUGGACGGCCGACGUCAACGAAGGCAAGGCCGGCAGCCACUGGGAGCCGCUGACCUUUCUACCGGACGGGAGUAUCAGUCCGCUGGACUGCACCGCGCCCGAGUAUGUGAUCGAUGUCCCAGUGACAGAGUCCCAGGUGAUCGAUGUCGUGGCCAAUGCGACCGUGUCCAGCGCGCCGGGGAAUUACACCUGGGAAUGCGGGUUUGGCAUUCACGACCGCAGCAUCCUCUAUCAGUUCUUCCAGGCGCCCAAGUCGGGCAACGUUACGGAGAUUGGUGUCAAUAUUGCGCAGCAGAGUAACAACGCCCCAGUCACCAUCUCCCUCGUCCACGUCUACAACAUCAGCGAACUGUUCUCUCCAACAGGAGGAGUGGAACCCCUAUGGAGCAAGACCUAUCCCGUCGACACAAUCGGCUGGUCCUUUCCCAUGGGCGAAUGGUACGCCCUCGAACUCGCCGCCACCGCCGUCUCAAUUCCGUACUGCUACCUCCAGCGAGAGACGGACUACGACACGAGCAACAUCUUCGUGCCCCCGAAGAGCUUCUUGGCCGAGAUUCGCCUGGGCAAGUAUCCGCUUUAUCCUCUGAUGGAUAAGGAGUUGAGGUAUUAUGUUCAGAUUGCGGAUUAA